CGGUAAUCACGGUGGCGCAACUUGAAGAUUGAUUGCACGGGAACAGGUCUGUCAGUACGGUGUUUGUGGUUUUUGAGUCUCAGAUACUUUCAUGAAUCGCCACGAAGUACCCCCCUCCGUAGAAGUAUCGCUUGAGUACAAAUGGGCACAUUGAGAAGUAGUACCUAGAUUUGGCGAGACAAUUGCAGCAGAAACCACGACUACUAGUGGCAACAUAAUUUCUCCAAACGACAACAACUAUCAUGACGGCUCCAGAGCAAGCUCCUUCGGGUGCGCAAGUCGUGCAGCUCCCCGUGAGUGCCAGUGCGACUGGGGCGACAGACGAGGCAGAUGGCGAAAGAACGCGUAAACAAGCAAAACGGCGCGAGGAAAAAGACUACUGGUCGAGUGACGAAAGUGGUGGCUCUGACGCGGAAAGCCAGCGGCUUGCAGGCAACUUUUUUUACAAGCGGAAGCGCUUCGAGAAGGCGAUUGACCACUUUACGAAAGCCAUAGAAAUGCCGGGCGGCUCCGAGAACUCGAAGCUGUACAGCAACCGCGCGAUGUGCUUCAACGCGCGGGAAGAGUAUCGUAAGGCCGCGGCCGACGGCGCGCUCGCGGUGCAAAAAGAUGCUUUCAACGCGAAAGGAUACCACAACGCGCUCCGGGCCCACUUCGCCUUGCAAGAGUGGCAAAAGUGUCUCGAGCUAAGUGAUAAAGGAUUCCAGGCGCUGGUGGCUGAUGUUGAGGGCAAAAAUAGUAAACCCGCCGAUACAACAAAACAAGAACUCGACAAGGUCCUUCGAGACUGGCGGAAAAAGGCGGAACACGAAAUCCAGAAGCAAAUGAAGAAAACGAUCAAGAGCGACACGGCAGUGAAACUUGCGGAGCAAAAUCCGCACAACGCCGCCAAGCGACGCCACCUCGACGAAGGAAAAGCACUGUACCAAAAGGGGGAUGUUAUGGGCGCCAUCUCCAAGUUUGAGGCAGUCUUGCUCGAGAACAACAAACCCAUAAUUGCGCCCACACAAGAACAAUCGCCGGAAAUAAAAUCAACAAGUAGUACCACGGGUCGUGCCGCGACCUCAUCAUCAGCAGUUGCCGACCUAGUAGAUCAGCCGGAUGAGAGCAGUCCCGCAGGAGGUGCUACGUGCACCGCCGAAACGCCAACGAAGCGAGAUGUAUUUGAGGUCACGAGUGAGGAAGGCGAGGAAAAUAAGGAACCGAGCGGAACGAGCCAGGCUGGUGAUCAUGCGAUGGGGAACAAGAACCUGCGCGAGUUUGAUGUCGUGGACGUAACCGCGGAUUUGGAGGCCCACGAGUGGAUGGCCAAGUGCUUUAUGCGGCUCCGCCGGCCGAAGGAGGCGCGCGACGUUUUCCAGGCCCAACUCGCCCUCAAGUUGCGCCUCAAGGAGGAAACCCAGAAGUACCGGGACGACCUGGCGAAUAUCUACUCCAACCUCGGACUCGCUUGCAAGCAGAGCGGGGACGUGGACUCGGCGAUAACUUCGAUGCGAAACGCGCUCAACGAAACAACCAAAGGGGACGAGCAAAACUUGACGACCAGCUUGUGUGCCCAGAUACUCCAGAAUCUUGGCCAGUACAAACGAAUAAGGAAAUGUUUUUGUUUUCUCGAGGAUUCGGUUUGUGAUCAGCAUCAGCAACUGCUUACUUGAAAACAACAUGGUUAUGGUGCAUGGUUUGAACAGAUAGAGUUCAAAAGAUAUAACUGGUGAACAAUCGUGGUAAGGCGUCUAGUACAACUUUUUGUAUCUGCAACAUACAACUAAUCACAGGGCGUAUCGGGCAAAGGGAGACCCAGACCAGGCACGGGAUGCGUACCAGCGCAGUUUGGAGAUCUACAUGCGUCUCUACGGUCCGGACCAUGGUUGCGUCGCGCUCAGCUACCUGGCCAUGGCCCGACUGCCAGCUGUGGAAAAGAAAGCGCGAGUAGAACUGUACGAUAAGGUGCUGAAAAUCCUGGAUACGAAGUCGGACCCGGACAGGCGGCAAAGAUUGUUGCGAGAGCUCCCUGAGGUACCGAGCACCGAAGUGCUCACUAACUUAGUCCAGACAAUCACGGCUGAAAAAGCAAAGAUUUGAGAGCCAGAGCAACGCUCUGUGAAAUGAAAGUAGAGCAGAAAGACGAAUCAGAUUUUAUUAUUCUCAACAAAGCGACACGGUCCAGAGCAGAUCCAGGUCUAUAAAUUGGAAUCGCCCCUAUGGACUAACAAGACGACAUGCUGGUACAACAAAACACAUACGAUAUCAGCAUCGGAUUGAAAAAGGUCAUCCCAACAUCCGAAGAUGCCCGAGGAAUCCAACGAGGCUUCUCCUCACCUUGUUCUCCUCUGAAGCCGUUUCAAAUCGUGUACUAGAUAAUUGUUCGUCGAAACUCGUGUGUUGGCGCUGUGUCGUAAUGAAAAAA